CCGCGACGAACACAAGAGAGCGGCGGCGGCGGCACGAGACCCCGAAGCCCUCCCGCGCCGCCUCCCUUACCCCGAUGGAGCCGCCGCAGGAAGCGGCGGCAGCCGCCUGCCGCAAGCGGCGCCGGCGAGGAGGCGGCAGGAACCGCCGGAAGCCCCGGGCUCCGUCGUCUUCGCAGGAGGCGCCUCCACCCCCCUCCCCUCCGGCGAAGCGGCAGCGCGGGGCCGCCAACGCCACGCCGGAGGGGCGAGGCAGCAAGGCGAGGCCUGCGAGCCUCCUCGACAAGAUGCGUGCAAGGUUAUCUGGCGGUCAUUUCAGAAUGUUAAAUGAGAAACUAUACACUUGCAGUGGACAAGAUGCAUUUGACUACUUCACAAAUGAGCCUGACCUUUUCGAUGUGUAUCAUGCAGGAUAUCAAGAACAAAUGUCACAUUGGCCAGAGCAACCAGUAAAUGUUAUUAUUAACUGGUUGAAGAGUCAUAGUGCAUCUUGGACAGUUGCAGAUUUUGGCUGUGGCAAUGCAGCAGUUUCUAAAAAUGUGAAGAAUAAGGUAUUCUCCAUCGAUCUUGUUUCAGAGGAUCCAUCAGUGAUCGCAUGUGAUAUGGCUCAUACUCCAUUGCAGUCGUCCUCUGUAGAAGUGGCAAUAUUUUGUCUUUCUUUGAUGGGAACAAACUAUCCGAGAUACAUAGAGGAAGCAAACAGAGUUCUCAAGCCAAGUGGUUGGCUUCUUAUUGCUGAAGUGAGGAGUAGGCUAGACCCAAACACUGGAGGUGCUGAUCCUGAUAAAUUUUGUGAAGCCAUCAGCAAGCUUGGGUUUUCCCUUGUUUCAAAGGACGCGAAAAACAAAAUGUUCAUUCUGUUCUAUUUCCGGAAAAAGGAAAAGAGUAAGAUGGUCAAAAAUGUCGAUUGGCCUCAGUUGAAACCUUGCUUGUACAAACGCCGAUGAUCCCAUCCACUGAUAAUUGUAAUUGUACUUAGACCUCUUCCAAAGUUCUCUUACAUUAAAUUAUUGUUGUACUUUGUGUUCCCAUAUGUCAGGCUUAUCCGUUUCUGUUAGUACCUAUUCUCGUUUCGUUGUUGAACGAUUUUCUAUAUGCGUUACCUAAGACAUGUAGACAUGUAGUGACUUGUCGAAUGAGGUACUCUAUCCGUCUAGAAAAAAAAAAUUUCUGAAGAUGAAUUUAAACAUAAACUAAGUUCAGAUUCAUCUUCAGAAAUUCGUUUUUUUCUGAUAUGGAGGGAGAAUGCUCACAGUGCAGUUUAUAAUUAUGUAUCUGACACACAUACUGCGUGCAACUAAAACCAAUAACUUUUCAA